AUGGACGAGGCACAGUUCGACUCAAUACAUGGAGGCAUUACUGCCAAUUCGAAUGAACAAUCAGCGGAUCAUCAUGUACCCUUGGAUCACCUCCGUUCGCUCUACUAUCGGCCGGCGCUAGGAUCCGGCAUGCUCGUACCUUCGUCUGACGUGCCACUGGCUUGUUCUUCGAGACCUGCGACCGGGCAAGCAAGCAACACGCCGAGUUUAGCCAUCUCAGCGAACUGGAAGCAACAUACUCGGGCCGACAGCGACCCAACACGAGUUGCAAGAUCGGCGGCAUCUACGUUCUGGUCGCACAAUGUACCCCAUGCACACCCCGAGUCGCAUGUCAGCAUUCUCUCUCAGGCACAAGAUGAGGGUGCCUCAGCAUCUCGAGCAUCCACACCGCAGUUACAGCAACGGCAGCGGCAGCUGAGCUAUAUCCAUGCCGCUCCGGGAUCAAGCAUGUCGACAUUUCAACCCGGCAUGCGUCGCAUAGAAGCUUCCGGCGUGCUGCACUCCCCGAACCCGCUAGCAUCGUUAUCAUCGCACGGCUACCUGCCAACACGCGUCCUGCCAGUGGAAGAGAAGAAGAGGAUUCUGAUCACUGGAGGAGCAGGCUUUGUCGGCUCGCAUCUGGUUGAUCGUCUGAUGCUGCAGGGUCACGAAGUGCUUGUCUGUGACAACUUCUAUACGGGCCAGAAGAGCAACGUCUCACACUGGGUGGGGCACCCCAACUUCGAGCUGAUUCGUCACGACGUGGUCGAGCCGCUCGUGAUCGAGGUGGACCAGAUCUACCAUCUCGCCUGCCCCGCUAGUCCGAUCUCGUACCAAGCCAACCAAAUCAAGACGAUCAAAACCAACUUUUUGGGGACGCUCAACUCGCUUGGUCUGGCCAAACGCACCAAGGCGCGCUUCCUGCUUGCCAGUACCUCGGAAGUGUACGGGGAUCCGGACGUUCAUCCUCAGCCCGAGACGUACAACGGCAAUGUCAACCCGGUGGGUCCGAGGGCGUGCUACGACGAGGGUAAGCGCGUAGCUGAGACGCUCACGUACGGAUACUACUAUCAAGACGGAGUGGACGUACGUGUUGCACGCAUCUUCAACACGUAUGGACCUCGAAUGCAUCCACACGACGGCAGAGUGGUGAGCAAUUUGAUCCAGCAAGCGUUGCGCGGGGAGCCGCUGACCGUGUUUGGAGAUGGUUCGCAGACGCGCAGCUUCAUGUUCAUUCACGAUCUCAUUGAUGGUCUGAUUUCGUUGAUGAACGUCGAGCGGUUGGCGCCUCCACCGCACCAGCCGCACCAGCAACUAAGACACGCACCCUUUUCAGCUGCGCUGAAACAAGCCGAUAUUAUGACCGAAGCGAACGACACCAUAAUCCCAUCCACCUCGGCUGUCUCUAUCCCUGCUGCUACAAGUGCCGCUGCUGCUGCAGUAGGCCCUUCAACCACCACGAACAACGCAAACGAAGCAUACUUGGAUCGCGAGGCGCAUCGUCUGGACGUACACUCGCCGGUCAACCUCGGCAAUCCUGCUGAAUUUACCAUAAUGCAACUUGUGCGGCUGGUGCAAAAGAGUGUUGCCAAAGUCAAGGCGCAAGACGUCGAGGCUUGUGCGUCGGCGGAUGGCGGUACGCUGCUAUACCAGCCGCCAUCCGAGAUACGUUUUUUUGCCAUGCCAAAGGACGAUCCGAAGCAACGAAGACCCGACAUCACGCGUGCCACGAGCCUGCUCGAUUGGACUCCGCGCUGGAAGUUGCACGACGGACUCGACGAGAUGACUCGAUGGUAUUGGGAGCGCAUCAAGGAAGGCUCGCUAUGA